AUGAAACUAAUUACAGUCAACUUUCUAGCUUGUGCGGUGAAGGGUUGCAAGACAGCGCCUGCGUCAUAUCCACUACAUUUUCAAGAUGCUGAACUAGAAUUGCAAGAGCUUGAGUUUCAGCCCAACUUCAUACUCAAUAUUAUCCCUCGGAUUGACUGGGAUGGAUUGCGAGUGAUGGCGAACGAGCUCGGCUUCCCUACAAUCCCCGAUACCAAGCCGGAAGGUGAUGCUCUCAAGGAUGAGCAAAUUUUAAGAGAUCUUCAUAGGGUACUCUUAGAAACACAAGUUGUGGAAGGAAAGUUGUGUUGUGGCAACUGCGGCCACGAGUACACUAUCAAGGAAGGAAUUGCGAAUUUUCUCCUUCCUAGCCAUUUGGGUCCGACGACCCCCAUCAAAAAAUCUCCUGGACUGUUGCUGACCAAGCCUCUCGCACUUAGUUUGAAUUGACACGAAUGGUGUGUUUUAAAUCGGCCCUGUUUGAUUUCAAACGCUUUUUGUGGGUAAAAGCAGGCGCCCCUUCGCCCCCCCCCCCCCCGCCUCCUCUCCUUCAGUGUCAAGACUGCCUGCAAAUUAUGCGACAAAUUGGCGGUCAGCGCUGAUGCCAUCACCAUCCGCCUCCGUAUUGGGAGAUAAAUAUUCGAUUUCGAUCUAUUGGUUCGGAUAUUUGUUGCUAUUGGGGGUUACAUCGUUGGAAAAAGUACGUGUCUGCCGGCCGCUUGCAGGUCAUUACAUCUUCCGAACAAAAGCCAUUGCACACAUUCCCUUAUGAAUGAGGCAAAUUUGCAGACC